CAUUAAAUUGAAUCAGUCCUCCAUCCACCGUAAAUACAUAUAACAGUUUUAUUUCACUGAAUCCUUUCCUCUGUGAAAAAAAGGAUUGUGCAGGUGUAUUCAUCAAGCCAGGUUUAAUCUGCAGUUAUUUUAUUUAAAAAAAAAUGGGUGAUGCAGAACCAGCUGACCAAAAGAAGUACUUGGAAGACUCGUCCAAGCCCAAAUGUGUUAGGCCUCUAAUCGAGUAUCAGGCAUGUGUGAAAAGGGUAGAAGGAGACGAUACAGGAGAAAAACAUUGCACUGGACAAUACUUCGAUUAUUGGCAUUGUAUCGACAGAGCUGUUGCACCUAAGCUGUUCGACAAACUCAAGUGAAAAGGGAGGUGUUUUAGGACAUCAUGGUUCCACAAUCAUCGGAUUGAAAUUGAAUAAGUGUCAUUUCAUUUGGUUAGAUUAAUUAUGAAAUUGAACUUUGCAUCAUACCUUCUUUUGUUUCUAGAGCAAUAAGAUUAAAUAAUUCGUAUACUUGGCGAGUUACCUAAUGCUGCAACUCUAUGCGGAAUCCUACCUGAUCCUUAAAUACCCGAAUGGUAUUAUGUUUGAACCUCAAAUAUUGAUGAAAAAAAAUGAUUAGUGAUUAUUACACA